AUGCUCCAUUCACCAUAUCUCUUCUCUCGUCUCAAGACGUACAGCGAAAAUGGCCUCAAGCGACUGCACAAAUUACUGGCCAAGAUGGGCGUGAGCCUGGUCCAGUGCAAGCAGAGCUAUGCACAUAUGGAUAUGAUGCUCAAACGUGAGCUGCGCACAAAGCUGUUGAAGUAUGCAUCUCUAUAUAAUCUAGACGACAUGGUGCCGACCGUCGAAACCGAUGGUAAAGAUCGUGCUGGGGCGAAGGACGGCUGGGGAUUCGGCGAAGAGUGGAUUCCUAGGUUCUGGGAUGCGUACGAUGCCCUUGAAGAUAUCGAGUCCCUCAAAGCCGGCCUGCCCACAGCGCAGCUUCUGCACAGAGCCAUCUUUAACACAGGCACUACGCUGAUGAAGAAAAAGCAAAUCACCCAUUUGAGGGCAUUCCGGAUGUGUAUAGUCAAGGACAGCCCUGAGUCUGCAAUCUUUAACCACCCGGGAGCCUUGACAAAGCUGGCACUCUGGAUCGGCGAAGCUUUAGGCGAGCAAGAAAAGGACACUACAGGAAAGCUGGCGUAUGGCGGUCGUGGUACGCCGCUUGUCGUAGCCAGCCUUAACGAGAAACGGGGAGUAUACAUUGUUGUAGGAACUGGAGGAGGUGGUGGUCCUGACACGGCCUUCUUAGACAAGGAGGCUGCCAAGAAGAAGAAGCAGGAGAAGGAUGACAAGGCGAAGCUCAAGGAAGAGCGUCGCAGGCAAAAGGAGAGAAUCCGAGAAGAGAAGCGAGCUGCUAGGGAAGCUGCCGGUCAAGAUGAUGAAGAUUUCGAUGAUGAAACGGAGUCAGAAGGCUCCGAUGCCUCCGACUCGGACUCAGACGACGAUGAAGAUGGUCCGAGAGAUAAGAGCUAUGGCCUGAACCGAUUUGGCACCGCUUUCCAGGACGUCAUUUCUGAAACGAGUGCCAGAGUGAGGGUUGACAGCUUUGAGCAUUGCGUGGUGGAAGUCAAGAAGGAGGAUCUAGGGGGCUUUCUCGAAAGUUUGAGCAUGAAGUCGGUUGUCGGGUAA